CUGUAGCUGUUCUUGGUCAGUAAUUUCCCUAGUACGGUACAUAUGCAGCGAUGCAUCAGAUGAUGUACGGUAUGGCGCCUUUUUCGAGGGUACCUUAAGUCAGGGAUCCCAUGGAGCAUCAAUACUAGGUAGCUGGGCGAGAAGAGCGAUUGAAGGGGGCAAAUUUUAACCAAUCAGUAGGCCCGAAAUUCUGUAUCUCUGAUUUGCGCGAGAACCUCAGUCAGCUAGGUAUAUCAACAGGAGCUGUCACAACGGUGCAUGGAAGCCCGGUCAAUGAGAGUCAAUGACCAGGCAACUGGCCCAAUCCGGUAUCACCAAGUGCACGCCAGAGACUCUUAGAGUAGCGACAGCAUCCAGACAACCCGCAUUGCAUGCACAUACUGUGAGCCGCCUCUUAUAAGGCUGCAGCUGGAAGGAGUGGAGCUUUCAAAAACGUUUUCAAGUAAGGAAAGUGAGAUCAACAGCAGUUUCAGUGAGCUUUGCUCGCGCUAAAUAAGGCUUGCAAAUGGGCGCACUCUGUGCCUCUCCUUGCAGCAGCUCCGGACGCCCCUUCAACUGUGACCCAACAAUGGCAGACCAAAUGGCCACCCUGAUUCGCUUCAAAAUCCAGCUCACGCUGGAAUCUUCUCAUGGCAACAAGGCACCAGAGAACGGCAGCGGAGACCUGGUUCUGAAGGGGAAAGUGACGGAAGGGCGGGGCGCGCUGGAGUUUAGAAUGGGGUCCACCAGCAAGGAUUGGUUGGUGUCGCAGCUGGAGCACAGCGUUGUUGAGAAGAUGUGCCAAGUGGCACGACAAGGGAUUGACACUUUCCUGGCCGGAGGCAGCAAAGGCUGCAGUGGCCUGGGGCAGGCACCUUCCCAGACUCAGGACACAUUUGGUCUGGAGGGGAAGGAUCUGGUCUACCCCAUGAGCCUUCCCUUCAAGAGCAAUCCAGGCACUCCAAACUGUGCAGUCAGCGGUCAGGACGAGCCUCUGACAUCCGCCUUUGGAGACUCCUUUGCUGAGGUCAGCAAUGAGUUAGUCGACGAAUCGGAACAGACCCCCAGCAUGACCCGCCAGGCCAGCGUGGGAGUCGCGUUCCGCCCCACCGACCAGGAGCUGCUGUCUCUACUGAGAGACCGGGUCGAGAACGGCACGGGCCACGACAAUGUCGAGGAGCUGCCCCAGUCGACCAACAUCGACCCACAGUACCUGCUCAGCUCGUCAGGAUCGCGUGCCAGUGCCGAUCCCCCCACCCCCAGCAGCGCGCGCUUCUUCUUCUGCACGCGCACACGCGCCAAGAACGGCGCGUGGUCGCGCAAAACGCGUUCCGGCUGGUGGGAUCAGGAGCGGAACCCCAACAGCUUCUCCCCGGGCGACGACGACGCGCAGAAGGUUAUCUUUAACCACAAGAGCAAAGGGCGGGCGUGGACGGGGCUCAAGUGGCAGAUGCACGAGUAUCAGAUCUCCAAGAACGAGCCGCUAGUGCUCUGCAAGGUGAUGCAGGUCGCCGACCGGCCCCGGCGCAAGGGCAUCACCGGAGUCAAGCGCGAGCCAGUUACGGCGACCACGCCCCCACCGGAAAAGGUCCGGAAACUGCACUACAAGCGGCCGCGUGUCCCCCUGCAGCUUCCCACCAGCCACUCCUCGACUUUGAACCCCGGAGGGAUCCCCCAGUUUGAAGGGUUCCGCCCGAAAGAAGAGACCGCGGCUUUCGACGACGAGCCUAGUUUCGCGGCCGACCUUUUCAGUCUGCUUUCGCCCUCCCCCCGUUUUGGAAAGCUGCUCGCGCUUCCAUCCCCCCGCGCGGAUUCCUGGAUCUACCACGUGCUAAGCCAAGCCCUGCCGGAGCCGGGAAAAGGUGCACCGGAGAACGAGGGCGAGGGGGAAAGCGCCCAGCAGAGCAGCCCGGGGGACUCUUCCGAGGGGUCGGGCCAGUCCGACGCUUACGUGGGCGCGUGUCUCGGGUGUGGAAAGACCGGGGAGCUGCGGCAGGAGAGCAACUUCUGCCAGGAGGGGGCGUGCAUCAUCUGCGGGAGGACGGACGAAUCGUACGACGCGAACACGCACCUCUGCGCGCGCUGCGACCAGAACGUCCGGAACUGGAACCGGCAGGCGGGGAACUAGGUCUGAGGUUCUCUGAAACAUUUUAGGGGCAGGAAUUGCCCCCGAACGACGCCCCCGGGCAGUUAAAAUUACAGCUAGGGCUGCAGCUGGGAGCCUGGCCGACGAAAGAUUAUGUGACGUCUUGGAAAAUACAAGAGCCGUCGGCGGCCAGCAAAGGCCGUUCUCGUCUUGAGAAGCAGUGGAAACUUUCGACGGGCGACCCAUAUGUAUCAUAGACUGACAACGAACACGUCUCUCGUUUGGAUACAAAGUCGGCUUCUAAAAACAGUACUCAUCCUCUUGAUGAGUAAGGUUUCGGGUCAAAUUUGGGCUUCCUAAGGUAUCAGAUCAACGAGGUCAUCUUAGUAUUUAUGUACUUUAUACUGGGUCAGGAACAGAAGCUGUCUGUAUCGCGGCUGCAGUGACAUUUUGACUAGUGAUUUUGAGUUGGUCUACGCCCCAUUGUCAGGAAUAAAAGCUGUCGCAGCACUGAAAUCAGGCUGCAGUUUUGCUGGGGCCGUCUCGGCCUUAUUGACAGAUUUUCAGAGCAGUCUAGGUGGACUUCGUGUCUUGUAAAUGUUCUGGUCGUUUUCGCAAGUCGCUAUUCGGACUCCUGCCAUCAUGCAAAGUUUGACGGCCCGUAAGUAAGGCAACUUAUUUACGAUGAUGCAAACCGUUCACAUCAGAGCUUGCAGGCAGCCGCUCGACGAUUGCAA